GUAAAAACACAACCUCUCUCUCUCUCUCUCUCUCUCUCCAACCAUGGCGCUUGCUCCCUCCAAGCUCCUUCCUUUCCCCCUCGUCCACCGCUCUCUCUCCCGGAGCUUCCCUCAUCCCCGCCCCCGGCCCUCCUCCCCCUCCGGGCAACCGCUCCGGGGGGUGCUCUGCGCCAAGAGGACCGGCAAGCAGAGGUACCCUUCCGAGAAGAAGAAGCUCAGGCAGCAGAAACGAGCCCCCGGCGACGUCAAGGACAAGUUCGAGGGCACCUGGAGGCUCUCGAGGCUCGCCGUCCCGGUCGCCGACGACCCCGGCGAGGAUUUCCUCGGCGUCUCCGAUGGGCUGCUCCGGGAAAUCGCCGAAGUCCUCGAGUUUCCGGUCGCUUCGAUGUUGCCCGCAGAAGCUUUUUGCGUGGUGAGGAAAUCGUUUGAUGCGAGAAAGAUGCUAAAGGAGCCCAAAUUUGUGUAUACAGUGGAUAUGGAUGCAAAUAAGCUUCUGCACCUAGAGCCUCGUACAUGGGACUUUAUUUCUCGGUUGGAGCCCAAAGUUGGUGUAGUAGAACACAUGCUAAAUAAAAAGGAUACAGGUGAUUUGAUCAGCAUGUUACAUGAUCGUAAGAAGACCCAUGAAGCUACAUUGUCAAGAGAGAAUGAUAAUGACCAUAAUGCUGGAUCUAAGAGACAUUGCACAUACAAUUCCGUAAAAGUACCUAAAAUUGCUGUGGUGGGUAGUGGGCCAUCUGGUCUCUUUGCUUCUCUUGUGCUCGCUGAACUUGGUGCAGAUGUUACUUUAAUUGAAAGAGGCCAGCCUGUUGAGCAAAGGGGGCGUGACAUUGGUGCGCUCAUAGUGCGUCGGAUUUUACAGCUAGAUAGCAACUUUUGCUUUGGAGAGGGUGGUGCAGGUACCUGGAGUGAUGGAAAAUUGGUAACUAGAAUUGGAAGGAACAGUGAAAGUGUAUUAGCGGUUAUGAAAACAUUGGUGCAUUUUGGAGCUCCCAAAAGCAUUUUGGUCAAUGGAAAGCCUCAUUUGGGAACAGAUCGGUUGGUUCCUUUGCUUCGGAAUUUUCGGCAGUAUCUCCAGCAACUUGGUGUUAACAUCAUGUUUGGGUCGAGAAUGGAUAAUUUGCUAGUAGAGAAUGGGCAGGUUGUGGGGGUCAAAGUCUCUCAGUCAAGUGACAAAUCAUUAUUUGACAGUGAAAAGCUUACAAGUGAUGCAGUUGUCCUUGCUGUUGGCCAUUCUGCUCGAGAUGUGUACCAGAUGCUUCUUUCUCAUAAUGUGGAGUUGGUUCCUAAAGAUUUUGCUGUAGGUUUGAGGGUUGAACAUCCUCAGGAACUAAUAAACAGCAUACAGUACUCAAAACUGGCAUCAGAAGUCCGUGGUGGACGUGGAAAAGUACCAGUGGCAGAUUACAAGGUUGCCAAGCAUAUCAGGGGUGAGGAUGUUGAUUCUCCCCCAAGUUUAGGGACAAACCAUGCUUGCUACUCCUUCUGCAUGUGUCCUGGUGGACAGGUGGUUCUCACAAGUACUGAUCCAUCAGAACUUUGUAUCAAUGGGAUGUCUUUUUCCCGGCGUUCAUCCAAAUGGGCAAAUGCUGCUUUAGUUGUCACUGUGUCUGGAAUAGAGUUUAAUUCAUUGAAUUGCUCUGGACCCAUGGCCGGGGUCUAUUUUCAGAGGGAUCUUGAAAAGAAAGCAGCUAUAAUGGGUGGGGGAAAUUUUGUUGUGCCUGUGCAAACAGUGACUGAUUUUCUUGAGAAUAAGUUAUCAGGAACAUCCGUGCCACCCUCGAGCUAUCGGUUAGGAGUAAAAGCAGCAAAUCUUCACAAUCUCUUCCCUAUCCAUAUAACAGAGGCUUUGAAGCAUUCGAUUAUCGCAUUUGAUCAGGAGUUACCAGGCUUUAUCUCCAAGGACGCACUUCUUCAUGGGGUAGAGACUAGAACGAGCUCUCCUGUUCAGAUUCCACGUUCCUCUGAUACUUAUGAGAGUGUGUCGCUCAGAGGACUUUAUCCAAUAGGUGAAGGAGCAGGUUAUGCUGGUGGAAUUGUUAGUGCUGCAGUUGAUGGCAUGUAUGCUGGUUUAGCUGUCGCUAAAAAUUUUGAUCUACUCCCUGAUGGCAUUGAAGCAACUCUGGGGAGGGCUUAUGGCACUGGAUAUGUUAAUUACUAAGAUCCCUUUUGGUGUAUGAACUAGAAAGUGGAGGCUGUAUAUACUUUGGCCAAUCUUCUUGCUCAUUGUAGCUGAGGAAGAUUUAUGGGACUUCUCGAUGCGAUAUACUUGGUUAUGGGUUGUUGACAAGAUUCGGAGGGUGCAUUGGAAGAGAAGUCCAUGAGACGUUUUGGGCUGUCGAUUUUUUAUCAGUUGGGUCUAACUUGCUUAAUUUUGACAAGCAUCACCAGUAUAUGGUGAUCUUUGGAGCACAGGAUGCAAGUGAGCUUAUUCUGGUGGGAGAGGAAUUGUUUGAGCUGUAAUUGGCAAACUUGAAGAAUCAGAUGCCAGAAAAGUUUACAAGUUUGUUGUCACCUUGAGUGGACACCGUGAUCAUUUACAGUACAGAUUGACUGAUGGGAGCUAAAGUUCAACCAAGAUUGACUGAAGACCUGCUUUCUGUUUUUCAAGGUAUCAUGCAAAAUUUAGUUACAUAGCUUUAAGUUUAUGAGGAUAAGAAUCAUUUUAGCUCUCUUGCUUUGUUUGAUGUCAGUUUAUAUUGGACAGCAUGAUGAAUAAUGUAACUCUGAUGAUGUCAGAGCAUAACCAUUAGAAGGUCAUUCAAAUAUCUGUGUAAAAGAUCAAUAUUUGUCUACAAUAGAUAUGAAUCUCGACAUAAAAAUUCAUACGUGGUGCUGGGCUUGGAUUCAA